AUGAAGGCCAAAUGCUAAAAAAAUAUAUUUAAGUUAUAUUUUCCCAAAUUACCUUCAAAAACAACAUUAAAUAUGCUUUUUGGCUUCAGUAUUAUGUCAAGUCCAUUUAUAAAGACAUAACAUAACUAGCCACUUUUAAUGGACACUGUCUCAAAAACUCUUUUUUUUAUAUGUAAAAAUAUCUUGAUUAAACCAAACAAAACAAAAAAAAAUGGGGGAAAAUGCAUAUUACAUUUUCCCAAAAUACCUCCACACACAUUAAAUCUGCUUUUUGGCUUGAGUGUUAUGUCACGGUCCAUUUAUAAUGACAUAACUAAAAGUCAUUACACAAUACUUAGUGAAAUCCCACAUUGACGUGCUCCUGGCAAAAGGACACGAGGUGGGACACGCUAAAAAUUCUCCUCCACCCUUUCACCGCUUCAACAUAAUUUGUCCAAAUCCAUCCCGCAAUGUGCAGUUGGCAAAAUUAAAAUGGCAGCUUAAGCUAUUAAAGUGAGCAGCUUUUAAUCAUUGGCUGCAAGAAUUCAAGGUUGGUGGAAUAGAAGGGGAGGGAUUAAAGUCUUUGAACGGCAGAGCGACAUCUCCACUCUGAUCUCUACAGAGGGCCCUGCUGGUGCUCGUCGGAAUAUCCCUACUACUUCAAGCUUUGCCGAAGAGCCCGACUAGAGUCCAUGGUGCCCACGUUUCUCUCAGAGCGCGGAGUCAGGGAUGCAGCGUCGCCAUGGGUCUCAUGGAAUUUUACCUGGAGAUUGAUCCAGUCACUCUAAACCUCAUCAUCCUCAUCGCCAGCUACGUGAUCUUGCUUCUGGUCUUUCUCAUCUCUUGCAUCCUGUACGACUGCCGGGGCAAAGACCCUUCCAAGGAGUACGUUUCCGAGCCCCCUGCCCCCCAGCAACAGUCUCCCAUCCGGCUUGUGGUGAUGCAAAACUCCCCGGCCUCAUCGCGUUAUAAUGAGCAGAACAAUACAGUUUCCUCCAACUUCACACCUUUGACCCCUGACAUGCGCGAGAAGAGGAGCACGCUGGUCUGACACAUCCAGAGACUAGUGCUAAAAUUGAAACCUAAUUUCAAAGGAAAGAGAGCAUCCAUCUGCAUUCAUUAGUUUAUUGUGGACAUUUUCAUCAUGGAAAUGGAGUUAUUUUAUCCUCUGGACACUGGAUAGAGGCCAGAAGAAGACACAUGUGCAUGCCUAAACAGGGCAAACGUCUGGACACGUGUACAGUCACAAUGUUGUCUGCUAUAAAAAUGACAUAUGAUUUUGCAGCUAUGUCAAAAGCAUAAAUGUUGUGUUAGUGUGCAACACUAAGUAUAUAACUUAUUCAUUCUGAAUGUGUCUGUUGUGAAGUUUGAAUGUGUGCAUGUUUGUAAAUGUGUAAACUUAUAGGUAUAUUAUAAAGGAUACAUUUACAAUAAUAUAAGAAUUGUUUCACAGAUAAAACAAUAAAAAGUUCUCAUUCAAUGGACACUGAUGAACCCACUUGGCUGAAUGCAAUUGUUAAAUCAUCAUCUACAUUUAUGCAUUGCAUUUGGCACAUGCUUUUUUCCAUAGCAACUUACUUUGCAUUCAGUAUAUACAUUUUACUAUAUAUGUAUUCCCCAGGAAUCAAAUGCUGAUGAGUAGUUGAUCUACAUCAUCAUCAUUAUAAAUCAUAAUCUAAAAUGCAAUAUAUUUAUGAAGUAUAAUAAUAAAGAAAAGGUAACACUUUGCAAUAAGGUCUCAUUUGUUAACAUUAGUUAUUGCAUUAACUAACAUGAAUAAACAAUGAGCAAUAUAUUUUUUACAAGCAUUUAUUAAUCUUUAUUAAUGUAAGUUAAUAAAUUUUAGUUGUUAAUGUUCAUGUUAGUUCACAGUGCAUUAACUAAUGUUAACAGAUACAACUUUUGAUUUUAAAAAUGUAUUAAAUGUUGGAUUAACAUUAACUAAGAUUAUUAAAUGCUGUAGAAGUAUUGUUCAUUUGUUUUUGUUAACUAAUGAAACCUUAUUAGUGUUACCAAAGAUGAUGAUGAUGAUGAUGAUAAUCAUAAUAACUUAUUUUAUGGAAGAAAAAUUUUAUAUUAAUAUUAAAUAUUUUUGUGUUAAUUUAAAAAAAAUAGAGAUUUUUGACAAUCAAGUGAUAAAAGUGGUGAUUUCAUUCCUAUUUUCACUAAUAUAACGUUCCGAAAACUCGUGUA